AUGCACCAGCACACCAUCACCUCUGCCCUCACCGUGCUGCUGGCCACGGCGCCGACGGCCUGGGCCGGCAUGUACACCAAGAAAUCGCCCGUUUUGCAGGUCGACGCCAAGUCCUUUGACCGACUUAUUAACCGUUCUAACUACACUUCUAUUGUCGAAUUCUACGCGCCCUGGUGCGGCCACUGCCAGAACCUCAAGCCGGCCUACGAAAAAGCCGCCACCAACCUCGAGGGCCUCGCCAAGGUCGCCGCCGUUGACUGCGACGAAUCCGCUAACAAGCAGCUCUGCGCGUCCAUGGGCAUCAAGGGCUUCCCCACGCUCAAGAUUGUGCGGCCCGGCAAGAAGGCCGGCGGCCGCCCGGUGGUGGAGGACUACAACGGCGGACGCACCGCCGGUGCCAUUGUCGAGGCCGUCGCCGCCCAGAUCAACAAUCACGUGGCGCGUGUCACAGACAAGGAUCUCGAGGGCGUACUCGCCAAGGACGGCCCCAAGGCACUCCUCUUUACCGACAAGGGCACUACGAGCGCGCUCCUGCGCAGCAUCGCCAUUGACUACCUCGGCGUCAUUCACGUGGCGCAGAUUCGCAACAAGGAGGCGGCGGCCGUGGCACGGUUUGGCAUUGAAAAGUUUCCUACGCUAGUCUUGGUGCCGGGCGACGGUCAGGAACCCGUGGUGUACCAGGGAGAGAUGAAAAAGGCCGACAUGGUCAAGUUCCUCAGCCAGGUGGGCGAACCCAACCCGGACCCUGCUCCGGUCAAGGCCAAGGGUGACAAGAGCAAGGCUGAGAAACCAAAGACCGAGAAAUCAAAGGCCGAAACGGCGGAAAAGCCCAAGAAACAGGCUGAGGAAAAGCCAGAGGCUGCCGAGGACAAGACCGAGACCAGCGACGAGCCAUCUCCCCCUCCCACUGCUACUCCUGAAAUUAUUGCUAUCCCUAUCGCCUCUAGCAGGCAAGACGUCGCCGAAAAGUGCCUCCAGCCCAAAUCCCACACCUGUAUCCUGGCCCUCGUCCCCGACUCCGAGACCGACGACAGCAAAAAGGUCGUCGAAUCGCUCUCUCGUCUCAACACAAAGUACAUCCAAGCCGAGCGCAAACUGUUUCCUUUCAUUGCCGUUCCUGAUGGCGUCGAGGGGCUGUCCGUGAUCCGGAACAAGCUCGAGACCACAAACCCGGUCGAGCUCGUGGCCAUCAACGCCCGUCGCAACUGGUGGCGCAAAUACGAGGGCGAGUUUGGGGCCGCCAGCGUCGAGGCGUGGGUCGACGUCAUCCGGAUGGGCGAGGGGACCAAAAUGAAGCUUCCAAAGGGUAUCGUGGAGGUCGCCGAGGAACCCAAGAAGCAGGAGACGCCCGAGACGCCAGAGGUAACAGAGGAGCCCGAGGUAUCGGAGAAGCCGGAGGCGCCAGAGGUAUCGGAGGAGCCCGUUGAGGAGAAAUCCGAGACCGAGAAAGAGCCUGAGGCUAAGGAGGCCACCGAGGAGCACGAUGAGUUGUAA